GGAAAAACCAUGCAAAUACGGAGGAAGAUGGUGGCAAAGGUGCAAAAAUAUAAUUUUCUUAAGGCUGUCUUCUUUGGACUAUGUACUGUAAUCAGCUUGAGGCAAGGCUAUAUAACCACAUUGAAGUAUUUGAGCACACCAAAUACAAACCAAAUCGAGGAAGUCCCUCUACAUGAAGCUGUGCCUGAUCUAGAGCUAUCCCUCUGUAAGAGCAUUAAUCUUGAAAACAGCCUGAAUUCUUAUCAAGAUGAAGGUAGAAGACAGUUCAAGGCAAAGGUUUCAGAUCUGAUAAAACAAAUGGAUGUGAUGGCAGUUGGCAGUAAUGUUUGGACCCAGGAAUUCAAUUAUACUGAUACCGAUGUUAAUUUCAGGAGAAAACUGUAUCCAUUUCUUGACAAUUUUGUACUGUUAUGUCACACUUGGAUAAAAAAAAUCCCAACUAUGUCAAAAUUGCGCCUCAUUCCUGCCAAAAACCAAGAUGAUGUACUAUUGUAUGUUUACAAAAGAGGACAAUUUCUUAGUCACAUGAGAAAUGCGCUGACAAAUAUACCAGACAUUGACCAUAUAGUGGAUAUUAGCAUUAAAAUUGAGGUUAUCAAUCUUAUACCUACUCCUCACAUGGGAUGUGAUAUUACCCUCAAAUCCUUUGAUUCUAGUUUAGAAGGCGAAGCAUUAAAUCAAUUAAAUAAUGAUUGCCAAAUAUCUGACUUCCACAAUAAAUCUAACAAAUUUGAAACAUGUGGAACCAAUAAAAGCAUGGCAAAAGUUUUAGAAAAAUAUAAAAAUAAACAAGAGUUUUGUUUACAGCCUUGUAGCCAGGUUAAAGUAGGUCUAACUCUAAACCCAGUAAACUGGCUCCAGUCCUUGGUAAAUUCCAAGGUUCCAGUGAUGACAGUUAUCCCCGGCUACUAUAUGACAAUUCCCAGAACAGUACUGGUAUCUAGAAUGCAUGACAGUUACACCACCAUCUCAUUUAUUGCUGAACUAGGAGGUUGGGUUGGGCUUUUCUUGGGAGUUUCAGUGUUAGGAGUGUAUGAUUUUCUAGCUCAAAUGUUGCCAAAAACCUGUAGAAACAAGAUAUGGAAUUUCUUAGUUGUAAGCAGCCGGGUGAUUUUGAAAUUUUCUUGUAUCAUAUGUGCAACAUUUAUUUUUUGUAAAUGUGUAAAAAAGAUGUCAAGCAAUGAGAAAACUACAAAUGUAUAUAUUCAAGAAAAAAUUCAGAAUAUCAGUAUAUCCUUUUGCUCAUUGACAAAUGUUUAUGCAGUUACACUUCAGGGGCCUCAGACUUAUUACAUCGCAAAUAAUUCAGGCUUUUGGCAAGAUACAACAAGUUUAAAGGAAAAAAUGGAAUCGUUAGUUGUUAGACUUUCAGAAAGAGAGACUGUUUCAGUGUACAAUUCUUCAUUAAACUCUAAUUCAAAGUUUUUUCUUUUCUCUGUCAAUAUACCAAAAUAUAAAACUUAUAUCGAAUCCUGUCACAGUCUGGAUCUGCAAAAUUGGAAAAAUAUUGAUUCAAUGGAAAUUAAAUUAAAGAAAGAUUUGAUUAUUUAUGUGCAUAUUACUGGACAGUUUCUAAGACCUGAGAAACAAGGAUUUGCAUUUAUCAAUAAAGAUACUGUUCGUAUAUUAAGAAAUGAGAAGGAAGGUCUCUUAGAAUCAGCAAAGGAAGGUCUUGUAGAAUCAUCAUCAUAUUCUUUCCAACUAGAAAUCAUAAAACAAGAUCAUAUCUUUAACGAUGGUUACAAUGAAGAAUAUUCAUAUGAUGACUGUAUCUUACAUCAAAUUGUGGAACAAAGCCAGGAUAAAAAUGUUUUCAAAAUUCUUAAACUAGAUGAAUAUCUAAAAUCUAGCAUACAUAUGGAGGAGUCUGUGUUUAAAACAUUGUCCUCUAAACUAGAACAAGAAGAACUGUAUUAUAAUUGUAAAUUGCCUAGUAAAAGAUUACACACAAUCUUUAGAAUGAAAACCAAGAAACUAGACGCUGCAAUUUUCAAAAUAAAUAAUCAACAAUGUAAUAAUUCCAUGUUGAACAUCUCACAGCCUUUUAAAGUUAACAUUAAGUUUCCUGGAAUAUCAGUUGUUAAAGAGGUGUAUUACUCUUAUGGAAUAAUUUCUCUUGUUGCUGAAAUAGGUGGUUGGAUUGGAUUACUUCUUGGAUUUAGUGUUCUUGAACUUGGAAAAAUAAUCCUCAAGAGAUUAGAACAUCACAGAUUAAAAUUGGGAAAAUUGGCUCAUCUUCUUCUUAUACUUGGAAUCUCUUUGGCCAUGUCCUAUCAGAUAAUGUGUUCAGUUCUAAAAUAUCUAAGAUUUCCGACAGAGAGUAAUGUCCAAUACAAAGAAGAAUCUGCAAUCAAUUUCUCAAUAACAUUUUGCUCGAUUGUUUGGUUUUCUCCGGAAUUAGGUCCAACAAGACUGCUUCAAUUAAACUCAAUUUAUGAACGAGAAGAUGAAAAAACACCUUGGGUCAAAUUUCACGAUGAAGAAACUUCCAACAAUACUAACUUGUAUAUUUGGCAAGCUAGUCCAACCCAACCACUGCAGUGCAGGACAGUUGGCUUUAACCAGGAUGUUAAAAUUAUUCACCGUUUCUCACCGAAUACUUUAAACAGAAUUAUUAUUCAUGAUACACAAUUUCUCAUGGGUGAGAGUCGACUGGAGCUUAGUGAAUCUGCCAUGGAGAAUAACAAUGUUAUUCAACUAAGUGCUAAACAGAUAGAGUUGAUUGAGUCUGAAAAAAACUGCUCUAAUUCAAUAUCCUUUGAUUCAUGCAGAGAGGAUUAUAUAUAUGGCCAGUUUAAUGCUACCUUUGGAUGUAUUUUAUAUAGCAGAAGGCUAGUAUAUGUUAAACUGUUUAACUUCUGUUGUGUCAAUCUUACUGUUCAAAAAUGUCUUUGACUCUGAGGUCUAUAGAAUGAUCUGAAGAUCUUUGUCAAAAUGAUUUAGAAUUUCAAGUGGAUAAAUAAUUUCUUAAUCUGAAAUUCAACACCUUAUUGAAGAAUCAUGUGUUCUAAUGUAAACUAUAAGAUCAAAUUAUUAGGUCAGAUUAUCAACAGUGCAACACUACAAGCUCUAAAUUUCCAUCUCAAAAAGUUGAUUCAGGAUUUAACACACCAGGACAAAAUCCUCUUAAUAUCAAUUGAUUUUUUACUAAAAAUACAUCUAAUAGUAACAAGGUUGCAAUUAAACGUAUAACACUGCAGUUUUUAUAACAGAUACCAAAAAUAAAAAAUAUUUUGAGCUUUUACAGGCAACUGCCCUAAGAUUAGCAUUUGAAUUUGUCUUACAAAAUAUAUUUAGUUCAACUCAUAAAUUCAACAUAUUUUUGAUUCCUUCUAAAAAAUAAACCAUUAAUUAUAAAGAUUUUAUCCGGAGAAGGGGUAUUGCAGGAAAAUCAAACGCAUAAAGAAAGAUUUCUUGAAUUAUCCACAAGUUUCCAUCAUGAACCAUCCACCUGCCCCCUCCCAUGCAAAAUAAGCAUAUUUGACUAUAAACUUCUACAAACAAUAAAAUUGAACACUUCGAGUGAAGAGAAGUACUUAAUAAUCAAGAAACCUCGAACUGUCCAGCAUCUGAAGAGUGAAUACAUCUAUACAAUCUGGGAGUUUGCUGCAGAGUUUGGAGGAUGGAUCGGAGUUCUUUGUGGGUUUUCUGCACUAGACAUUGUCAAUGUUUUUAUAAGCAUGGUUUUAAUUAUAGUUAAGUUCUGUAAGGAACAACUUACUCACUGUAUUUAUUAAAAUGCGUAUAAGAAAAAAUAUAUGUGAGAAAAUU